AUGUGUGCGCGCGUGUGUCCUACUCACACCGGCGCGUCACUGCGCACAGCGUCCACCUGCAUGCGCAUGGGUAUUGCGAUAACACUAAGUCGGCGCCAGAUGUAUUAUUUGCGCCAACAACUAUCGAGUAGCCCUCAACCGAAUGCGUCCGAAGCACCUGCUUCUCGUUGGCACCGUCAGCGCCUGUCCCGAAUCGGAGCUGCCCUCUGUCUACUUCUCUUCCCUAAAACAAUUUUGGAGGAGGAGUAUCAGGAGUCGUUUGGUUUCAACGACCACAGCGAGUCGGUUCCGUCGAUCCUGCGGAAGAUCACCCCUCCGCGCCUGAGUGAUCCACCUCCAGGCACAGCGAUCAAUCGUCACUCUACUUACAAUCCCUCGCGGGCGCAUCAUUACCACCAUCACCCCUCGAGUUUCGUGGCACCUCCAACAACUUCGGAUCGUGGCGACUCGAUUUACAACGAGCCCUGUGACGCAAAACGCAGGGGCUGCUCCCCAAAGAAGUCCGCCUUCCGUAGGGCCAGCCUCGCAACCACAAUCUACUGCGACACUGAGCACCACAGAGAGUCGUACCAUGCGGCUAGUCCUCAGGUGUCUGCCGCGACAUUUUUGGCACCUAUUCAUUCUUCUCCCCCUCCCGCCACCUCUGUGCUGCCCUACACUCCCUUGCCUCCCCAUCUGCUCUGCUCUAGCGCCCAUCAACGGACUCAGUGGGACACGCGUGCCCCCCACAAGCACCGUGUGGGACACGCGCAGCCUAGGCUUUUGCUGUUUGCUGGUCGUUGGGGGGCGGGCGGCGGGAGGUGGUGGGACUUAGAGGAGGAGUCGGGCUUGAAAAGAGUCCACGUGCACACACACACCGUCAUCGCAGGCCGCAUAACGGACUGCCAAAUGGGACAGGCCACGCACACCGUCAUCCCUCUAUGGGGGCGGCCGGCUGGUCAUGCUGUGUCGAAGUCGUUCCCCUUCUUCAAUACAGACGCUGAGCGUGGUGUUUUUGCAACUAUAAAACGCGUGGUAGAUACGGGUGUCAAUCUCAAUUCGACAGAUUCUCCUGACAGCCUUAAGCUGAAUGCAAACAAUCACCUAAGGGACGCCUCGGGUUCUUCUGGAUUCGUUGCUGUGAAUGGUCGAAGAAGCGGUACCAACAGUCAUGGUGCACGUUGUUGGUGGGAGCAGGACUCGGGGUCAUCGAGCUUGUCCAAUUCACGCGACGUUUCCUCCCACAACAAUCCAAAAUUUGAGUAA